ACUCUACCAGUCGCCAUCUUCGUGUUUCGUCUGCAGAAUCUGUGGAGUAACAAUGGACUUUCGGACAUUUGGUGCCACUUUUCUUGUAGGUGUAGGCGCAGGACUUGCCCUUUGCAUUAAUUGGAGGGAGUUUCACACACAGAGAAUGAGGACAGGUCAGAAUAAAGCUAAAAAAUUUAAACUCUCGGCGUAUGAACAGCGCAUUAAUGCUCACCGGAUUGACCCGCGGACCAUGAAGAUCACAUGGAGGGAUAUUGCAGGUCUGGAGGAGGUGAUCAACGAGCUAAAGAAGAAAAUGAUCUUCCCUGUUCUGAACAGACAUCUGUUCAGGGAAUCCAGGCUGCUGCAGCCGCCCAAAGGUGUGCUGUUGUAUGGACCCCCAGGAUGUGGUAAAACACUGAUCGCAAAAGCAACAGCAAAAGAGGCAGGCUUUGCUUUCAUCAACUUGAAGAUGAGCACGCUGACACAUAGAUGGUACGGAGAGUCCCAGAAACUGACUGCUGCUAUGUUCUCAUUGGCGACCAAACUAGCCCCAACAAUCAUCUUCAUCGACGAGAUAGACGCAUUGCUUAGGAGUCGGUCCAGCAGUGAUCAUGAAGUUACAGCUAUGAUGAAGGCUCAGUUUAUGACUUUGUGGGAUGGACUCGAAACAGAUCACCAGUGCCAGGUGAUCAUUAUGGGGGCCACUAAUCGUCCUGAGGACAUAGACCCUGCCAUCUUGAGGAGGAUGCCCACUAAGAUCCACAUCAAGCUGCCUAACUUUGAGCAGCGCAAGCAGAUACUCAGACUGAUCCUGGAGAAUGAGAGGGUGGAUCCACUGAUUGACCUCAGCCACAUCGCCAGGGAAACUGAGGGUUUCUCAGGAAGUGACCUCAAAGAGAUUUGUCGUAAGGCAGUGCUGCUUUGUGUCCGAGACAUCAUCCCUUCUGACAUCCUUUCAGAUGACUGCAUCCGUCCAAUUAAUCAGGAUGACCUCCAGAAGGCCACAAUGAAGAUGAAGGAGUCCAAGAGUCUGGAUGGCCACGGCACAUUAUGACCGUCAGAUUAAUCAGGAUGACCUCCAGUCCAACACUGCGGGAAGAUGUGGAAUGCUGCUGUUUUAUAUUAUCAUAUUUGAAAUCAUUGUCAUUAUUUAUUUAAUUUUGAAGUAAACUGAAAAAGAUACCUGUUGAACUAACUUGAAAAAAAAUAUGUACAUCAAUUCCACACAA